AAUGUCGUUUGUAGUUCCAUUGUGGCACGGCACGGGGCUUCGUUUUAAUAUUGAUUGUUAUAUUUUGCUAAUAAAAGGCAAUUUCAAAUAAUACUAAUGUAAAACGCUAUUAUUGCGACGUGAAAGUUAGUGUAACGUACAGUGAAUAUUUUGUUUAAGAUGCUACAACAACAGUUGUGUUAUACAUGUUAAUGACGCUGGACAUGCAUCUGUAAAGAUGGUAACUUCCAACAAAUUACUUGAUAAAAAGGUCGUUAAAAUGGCUGAACAGAACAAUACUACGGUUGUGCCCCAAAGAACUUUGUUAGGAGAAGUAAAUGAGCAAAUUACUUGUCCGCUAUGUCGUGGUUACUACAUCGACGCCACCACGAUCGUCGAAUGUUUGCACUCAUUUUGUCGCAGCUGCAUCAUCAAGCAUUUGCAAAUUAGUCGUUACUGCCCGGUCUGUGACGUGCAGAUAAAUGUCGCUAAGCCAAAUUUCAGGCUAGACAAAGCACUUCAAGAUAUUGUUUACAAACUCGUACCAGGGCUUUUCCAAAAAGAAAUGGAAAGGCGACAACAGUUUUACUCGUCUAGACCGGGUCCGGCUGCUUCAGCGACGCCAGAGCAAAGAGGUGAAGAUACAGAGAGGAUAAUUUUCAGUCCUGAAGAUGUUAUCUCAUUUUCUUUGGAAUAUGCAGAUGCCACAGACACUGACAGCAUAUCGAGCAAAUCAUCAGACAGCAAUGAACCUCAGCCACCAACUGGUACCACGAGGAGGUUUCUACAGUGUCCUGCGGUUGUCAAUAUUAGUCAUUUGAAGAAAUUCUUGAGUAUGAAAUUUGAUAUUGAUAGCACUCAAUUUGCUAUUGACAUUUUAUAUAAAAGGGUGCCUUUGCCAGACUACUACACUUUGAUGGAUAUUGCUUAUAUUUACAAUUGGAAGAGGAAUGAACCAAUGAGAUUUUUCUACCAGAUUAUAGAUUAUGUAGCUAUCAGAAACAGAUUGUUUGAUAUCAAUAGGAAAGGUUCUCAUUUUCGAGAUAGAAAAUCAAGCCCCACACCAACAGAAGAUACAAAUGUUAGCAGCCCUGCACAUAAUCUGAAUGAUCAGGGUUCAGAAAUAUCAUCUGGUACUGACAGUCCCAUGCCAGAAGAUAACAGUGGCAAAAAGUCACACACUUCCUCAACUACAGACAAGAAUAAUCAGUCCAACAAGGAUAACAGUAGUCAAAAUAGGUCAGGCGCCAACAGUAACUCUACAGCUAAGAAAAAUGAUGAUGAAGUAGAAAAGUCACAGUUUUUGAACUCUUUUGAGUUAACAGCCAAAAGUAAUAGCCAGUCAGUUAAAUCAUCUCCUGUAAAAGGUAAUGUGCUAGAGACAUCAUCAUCAUCUAUUAAUAAUUCAGUUAAAAGUCAAGAAGCUCCAAAGGAUGAUGAUACUUUGAAGAGAAAACCACAGACACCACCAAAAGCACCAGAAGUUAAAAGACUCAAAAUUGAGUUAGAAAAAACUAAAAUACCUCAAGGUCUGACUAAACCAGCCAACUCUAAUUCUGCUUCAUCUCCUGGAGUGUCAGAACCUCUUAACAAGUCUGGGACUGCAUUUGAUAAUUUGACAAAAACAAAAGACACCACUGACAACAAACUUAGCCCUCACCCUGUCAAAAACACCCCAUCAUCAUCUCCACCAACAAAGGAACAAAAGAUGCCUACAGUGGGUUCUAAACCAACUUCAGAAAGUACUGGAAUAAAAAGAACCAUUCCUAGUACAACAAAUGUUUCUUCUCCAAAACGAAAAGCAACAAAUGAGCCAGUGGCAUCAGUACAGCAUGCUUCACAGCCUAAAACGGUUUCUCCUCUUAAACUACAAGUACCCAAAAUGGAAUCACAGCAAUUUUCUCUCCCAAAGCCUGCAGAAGGUCCAAAGCCUCCUCCAAAAAGAAUGCCUGACUUAAAACCUACCAUGCCAACAACACAAACAACCCAAAACAAAGCACAACCAAUGAAUAAAGUGAGGAUGGAUCUGUUAGCCAAUAACAGUGAUCCUACAAUAGAUAGAAGUAAGAUAUUAUCACAGGUGAAGUCAUCUCUUAGUGCCACUCAUAAUGCUGGCCAAACCUCGGGUGACCCGCUGAAAUCUUUGUUGUUAGAUUCAUGUAAAAUUAACAUCCCUUCAUCAUUAUCAAUUACUUUAACAGACCAGAAAUUAGAUCCACGUAGUCCUAGUGAGCCAACCACAAGUGAUCCGAAAAAGAAUAUUACUAAUAAAAAUUUAGUUUCCGCAAAUAGUAGCACAGCUCAUAAAGUACCUAGUCCACCUGUUCACAACUACAUCGAAAUAUUAAAGUUACCAGAUAGUAAUCCUAAAAAACAACAGAUGAAAGCUGAAGGCAAUACUGAUACCAAGCAAAGUCCACAAGCAAAAUCUGAAAGUUCAACUGCAUCACCAAAGCCUCCAGGCAAAUCUUCUGAGUCAUCCGCUAAAGGGCCAAUACCUAAUUUAAAACCUAUAGCUGACACUAAAUUAGGAAAGCAAAGUGGCAACUUUGCUUCACCUAUUACUUUCCAGCAAACAUUUGAGAAGCAAUUACAAACUUUAGCAUCAGAUAAAAAAACGAAACUCCCAAAAAAUAAAGCUCAAGUGCCGAAACUUGUUCCAGCUACUCCAAAAACAUUCAAUACCAUAAAUAAACUGAAUAAUCCAAACAAUAAGUCCCCCAGUAGUGUAACUAUGACUCCAGAAAAUAAGCCUAGUGCUGCUCUAGACUUAACAACUCCCCAUAAUAUGCAAAGUCAAAUAGGACAGCAUCCUAAUCAAUCACGUCUUUUAGAAAAAAUGCAGUCUAUUGCGAAUUUGGCAGCAACAAAACAAAACCCUCCAGGAAAAGUUUUGCCUGCAAAUAUGAAUCCAGGGAAUGUCUAUUCACCUAUUUCUAAUAGACCUGCAAAUACGGGUGCAAGUCCAUUGAGAAUACCUUCUUCGAGUAUGAACCAAGUAAAGCAUGAAAAAGGUAGUCCCAGUGGAUCUCAGACUCCUGUUAGGCAUGACAUAGGUAACAAACCUUUUCAUAUGAAUCAAGCAGGCAGUGGCAAUUCUAUAAUGUCACCUAGCUAUCAAACCCAGUCACAUAAUUCUCCCACUCCAGCACAGCCUUCUCCAAGAUCUCAGACACGGUCUCCUAGUUCUUCUCCUAAAUUAGUAAUUGCUGAAGAAAAACAGGCAACUAGUAGUUCAUCAGAACAGAAUAUUAACCAAUCUAAUCAAAUAUCGAGCACACAACUCCCCAACCUUAACACUUUAAAAAAUGAAUCUCCAAAGGCAUCCCCAGGGCCUUCUAAACCAGGUCCGAAACCAAUGAAACCAUUAUCAUCAGGUCUAAAACUGUCUGGGAUUCGCCAGCCCAUAACCCCUACUAUUAAGUCCAACUCUGGUAUGAAUCUUCCUCCAGAUUAUAUGACAUCUCAGCAGCUGAUUGCACAGCAUCCAAUGGCACAUUUAAGGCAUCAAAUGGAAAUGAGUUGGUACAAAGCUAAUCUAUUCAAAAGUAUGGCAAAUGCCGUACAUCAAAAUCAACAUGAUUUUAAUAACAAAGAUAAGCAAUGAAAUAUCAAUGUAAGAUAAAUAAUUGUUAAUUCAUAUUGUAUUUAUUUAAUGAAAUCAUAAUAUAGUUACUAAUAUAAUAUUCCCUGUUUUUGGAACUAUAUUUUACAUUUUUCUUUUUUCAGCUUAACUGUAUCAAAGAGAAUUUGAAAUAGAGGUGGAUUGUCAAAGAAAAAUUUACUGCCGACUUUUGACACAUGAUUAAAACUUUGAAACAAUAAGGAUCAAAGUUGAAUGGUGUUCUAAAAGUUUUAAUCAUGUGUUGAAAGAUGGCAGUAGAUUUACUGUGGCUACAAAGUUUUCUUUGACAAUCCACCUCUAUAUCAAAUUCUCUUUGACUGUAUUAACAUAGUAAGUUGUGUGUAAAUAAGAUAUUCAUAAGAAUAACUGUAAUUUAGGUAUGUACGUAGGAUCAGCUGUAAAAGGGUGUUAAAUUCAUUUGUAAACUUAUUUUGAUGCUGAGAGUAGACAUUAUUAAUGUAUUACAAAGAUUCAUAAACAUACUUGAAUAAUAGAAGAAACAUAUUUUUAUAUCAAAUUCUGUUUCAAAUAACAUGUAGGUACUUUUGUCAAAUGAAUCCAACGCUUUACUGUUGUAUCUAAAAUCAUGAAUUUAAUUUUUUAAAUGGUAGUUAUAUACUUUACAUUAUGGUUUGUGAUUGACAUAUUGUUUCUCAACGUUUUAUUUUCAACCUUAUCCACAUAUAUAAUAUUAAAGUCUAUAAUUCUAUAUUUUGUGCAUCAUACUAUUGAACAGCAUGUUACAAUAUGUAGUUUAUUUAAUACUGAGUUUAUCUUUUACAUAUUAGGUUGUCAUAACCUAUGUAUUCAAUUUACAUACAUUGCAUACUGUAUUCUUGUGAUUAAGAAAUCUUGACCUUAAGAUGGGAAUUGUAAUUUGUAAUAAAUGGUGGCAAUUA